AAUGGUCUGCCAGAUUUACUCAAAGCUAUGAAGACAAUAAUAAUCUAUCUACAGAAUGGUCUAUAGACUUUACCCAAGAUCAAACUAAUAUAAGUUUACUAAUUGUUUAUAAUAAUCUAUCUAUAGAAUGGUCUAAAGGAUUUAAUCAAGAUCAAAUUAAUAAUAAUCUACCUAUAGAAUUGUCUACAAACCUUACUCGAGAUCAAAUUAAUAAAAGUUUACCAAAUUUUUAUAAUAAUCCUUCCAUAGAAUGGUUUACAGAAUUUAGUCAAAAUCAAACUAAUAAUAAUAUACCUACAAAAAUGUCUAUAGACUUUAUUACUAACAAUAUGCUUAUGAAAUGGAAUAGAGAUUUUAUUCCAAAUCAAACUAAUACAAGUUUGCUAAAUAUUAAUAAUAAACUGAUUAUAGAAUUACUAGCGAGCAUUGCUCAAAACGAUAAGAAUCAAACUAACCAUAAUCUAUCUGUAAAGUGGACCACAUGUUUUACUCAAGAUCAAACUAAUAAUACAAAUUCACUAAAUAGGAAUAAUACAGAAAUUACUCAACAUUCUAAAAAACAAAUUAAUACAUUAUAA